UUUAUCUAUGAACUAUUAGUCAACGAUAAAUUCAGCACAUCCCGUUACAAACAUUAUUAAAAUAUAACAUGGAAUUGUCAAACAUAAAAAUGAUUCUGCCGAUUCUGUACUAAGAAGAUGUCGUCAACCAGUACUAUUAAAAAUUCUAAAAAUACUGAUAUGCUUACUCGAAGUUAUUCAGAUCGAAGUUAUGAUCGGAAUCGAUUUGCUAAUAGUAACCGUGAACGUGAUUAUGAUCGAUUAAGGCAACAAUGUGAUAUAGCAAUGCAUGAGUUGAUGAUGUUGAGAAGGUAUAUAAUGAUUUUAAUGUUAAAUCUGAAAACAACUCAAGUAUUACAAAUUUUGUUUCGUUUACAUAGACAACACGAAAAAACAGUGCAAAGAUACAACCAGACAAGAAAAGAAUUAGAAAAUUAUUGUAGUCAAAAUCGAGAAUCGCUUUCACUCGGUGCUAAACUAGCUGUCAAAAAACAAAUUUGGAAUAGAUCUGAACAGGAUAUUCCUGAAGAUGAUACAGCAAGUGGUGAUUCCCUUAAUGAUUACUUCAUGCCAUAUGAUUCAACGCUAAAAGAUUAUGAAUCUUUGAAAAAGGGAUAUGAAAACUUGCAUGCUACACAUUCAGCAGCUGUUGUUAUGGACAUGAUGAAAGAUGAAAUUAAACAACUAAAAAAACAAUGUAAUGAAUUAUUUAAAGAACGUGUUAUAGCUUUUCAAGAAAGAGAUGUUUUAAAACAACAGCAUACAACUGCUAUAUGUCAAUGGAAUUUAACACUUCUAGAAAAUAAUGAUCUUCGGGAAGCCAUACAAAAAGUUCAACAAAAACAUGAAGUAAUGGUCAAAGAGAUGAAAGCUCCCGUUGAUUUUAGUGUAAAAAGUAGAACAGAACUUAAAAAAUUGAAAGAAGCUUAUGAUUCUGCUGUUAAAGAAUAUGGACUCAUUAUGAGUGAACGAAAUAAUGUUCUUAAUGAACUCGAAAAGCUCUCUGAAGAUUUAUCUCAAGCUUACAACAAAAAUAAAUUAUUGGAAAAUGAAAUAAAAUCUUGUAGAGAUGAAAAGAAAACUCUACAAUUGCACAUUGAAUCAUUAAAACGUGAAAUAUCAUCAGCAUUACAUGAUCGUGAUAAAAUACUCAAAGAAUGUAAUGAUAAUCAGGAAAGAUUUGGAGAGAUAAUACCUAAAAAUGAAUCUCAAAGAGAAUUUAAAAGUCUUUUAAAUUAUGACUCCAGUAGAGAAAUAGAAAAUAUAAAACAUUCACAAGAACAAGAUGCUACUUUCGAUUUAUUUAACUCUUGUCAGAAAGAACCUAUGGAUAAUCUAGAUCAAGCUAAUCAGGAAAUUGAACGUUUAAGAAAAUUAGCAGAUAAAUAUCAUAAUGAAUUAGAUAAGUCUCUAGAAGAAGUAGAAGUAUCCAAAAGACGCCGUGAUUGGGCUUUUAGUGAACGUGAUAAAAUUGUGUUAGAGCGUGAAAGUAUACGAACCCUCUGUGAAAGUUUAAGAAAGCAGCGCGAUGAUGCAGUGAGCAAGUUAUCGCGUAUUAUUAGAGAUAGUGAUGACAUACUGAAACAAAAAAGUGAUACAGCUAAAAAUCACAAUGAUUUUAAGGAAAAAAAGGGAUCUCAAUUAGAAAAAGAAGUUCAUUUACUAAAUGUACAGGCUACUGGUUGUUAUAGUCAAGAUUCUGCAAUAGGUACCGACCUUCAAGACUGGGAUACUGAAAUAUUAAAUAUUGAUUUAGGUGUUUUAGGCACAAAUGAAGAUUUAGGAAUUGAUUUACUUGGUGGAAGAGAUGAUCCUUUGUAUCCCAACGAUCAUGCAAUUUAUAUAACAUCCGUCAAUGAAGGAAGUAUUGCAGCAAAGAAAUUGAGUAUGCAAGUUUUUUUUUCUAGAGUUAAUGAUUGUAUAUUAAGAGUGAAUAGCCUUGAUUGUACAUCAAUUAGUAAACAAUUAGUUUUGGAGACUAUGAGAUCAUUAAGCAGUACUACUUUGGUUGUAAGCCGAAGAAAGCCUGUUUCUCCAUCAAGGAGUCUUUUCACAACUCAACUUAAAAUAAACAAUUAUGGUCAUGGAAUCUCAUUGGAAACUGGUGUAUAUAUCAGUAAAAUAACACCUGGUUCAAUGGCUGCUUAUGAUGGAAAUUUAGAUGUUGGUGAUAGAGUAUUAAGUAUAAACACAACAUUAGAUAAUGUAAAACAUUCAAAAGAAGCUAUGCUAUCACUGUAUGGACCUGGUGAUGUAUUAACUAUUACAACUAUGAAAUCUACAUAUUGCGCUGAAAAUUGUGGUUCCAGUUCAAAUCGCGAUAUUCAUAAAAAAUAUACUAAUAGUACAACACAAACAGAUAAAUCUAGUUAUUCAAUGCAUCAAGAAUCUUAUAAAAAACCUCAAUAUCCUUCACCUAUCUCUGAACGAGAUCAAAAAGAUACUAUAGCAGAAUUAGAUUCUGUAAUUGAUGCUUUUAGACUACAUCCUACACCCCCCACUACUACUAAGCAUCUUAGUAGACAUAGAAAAUCUAAGGAUUUAGACAAGAUUAGUGGUACUUGGCCAAAAGCUAGAAGUAGCCCUGUAAUUGACCACGGAACUGGUACAAUACUUCAUCCUCGUAAAAACAAGGAACGUUGGCCGUUAUCCAUGCUUUUAAAUAGUCUUCCGUCUUGGUCAUCUCAAAAUAAAUCAAAAACUGUUACUUCACCUAAAGAUUUCUCUGUUGGAUCUGGUAAAAUUGGUAAAGAUGUAAUGGACUAUUAUGUUAAAAAGAUAACUGGCAAAUACAAAUAUAGCGUUACUGAUAGUAAUGCUGAAAAUAACCUUGCAGCAAGACCUACAUCACAUAAUAUGAAUAGACCACCAUCAAUCAACGCUCAUCAUUUUCUCACUCCACGAUAUAGUAGAUAUUCACAACCAUAUCCAACCCCUAAGCUGGAAUCAAUGUUAAAUUGUUUUGAACCUCCUUACAGUCAUGUUUCUCAGUUUCAUCACAGUCGCUCUCCAUCCGUUGAUAUGCUCUACAAUAGACAAACAAAUACAUCACCUCAUCGCAUAAUGACUAAAAACGGCUAUCGUGGUGAAGAUAUGCCAGAAUCUUAUCAUGGUUAUAAAUUUGGUACAUUUCCUAGAAAGAGUGAAACUCCGAAGUUUGGAAUCACUUCCAACCCAAGUGUGACUAAUAAAAGUAGUGGUGGUGCAGUUGGCAUAUCGACUGGGAGUAUCAAGAGAUCUAUAAGUAGAGAAAUGGAUAGCCCAAUGCUUACUUUUAGAGUUGAAGUUCUUAAUCCUGGACAAAUAUCUAUGCCCGCCAAUAAGCGACAAUCUGUAUAUGAUUGGGCAUCAAAAUAUUUGAAAAGACCACUAGCAAGAGGUGAUCGAAGUGGUCCAUUAACAGGCGAGUUGAGACGGAUCAAUAUAGAGAAAUCAGUCGAACCUCUAGGAAUUAAGAUACUUUGUGUUGAAAGUAGUGGAGUUUUUGUAUCUUCUGUUAAUGAACAUAGUGUGGCUUACAAAGUAGGUAUUCAAGUUGGAGAUCAACUAUUAGAAGUUUGUGGAAUAAACUUGAGAUGUGCUACUUAUCAGUUAGCUGAAAAUAUUUUACAACAGUGUAGAAACACAGUUACCAUGCUAGUACAAUACAGCCCAGAUAAAUACCAAGAGCUACAAUACACCAAAAAUUCAACUAGCAACCUUUCAGAAACUCAAACACCAUGCAAUUCACCUACUUUUAAUAGAAAGUUUUCAUUUCUAACUCAUGACAUAUCUACAUUAAAUUUGCAAAAGAGUGAUCAAAAUACAGAUAGUACAAGCUUAAGAGCAUAUGAACCACGGUAUUUUAUAAUGGAGACAAAGAAGUGUAGUAACUUAGGAAUAAGCCUAGUUGGCGGAAAUGCUGUUGGAAUAUUUGUACAUAGUGUUAACUUAAAUUCAUUGGCUUAUAACGCAGGUUUACGAACUGGUGAUCGUAUACUUGAAUAUAAUGGAACAGAUUUAAGAGAAGCGACUGCUGAAGAAGCAGCUUUUGAAUUAGCCAAGCCAGCUGAAAAAGUCACAGUUCUAGCACAAUAUUUAAUUGAUAAAUACAAUGAAAUAAAGGAUAAACCUGGGGAUAGCUUUUAUAUCCGAGCACUGUUUGAUCGUACAAUUGAAUUAAGUGAAGAUGGAAGUAAUUCUUCUCAGCUACAAUUUCACAAAGAUGAUAUUCUGUAUGUAGAUAACACAAUGUAUAAUGGUAUUCCCGGCAAUUGGCGAGCGUGGUUAGUUGAUCACAAUGGUCAUAAACAACAAGUUGGCAUUAUACCUAGUAAAUACAAAGUUGAAGAAGAACUUGUAACUAGAUGUAGCGAAGAAAAAUUAGAAGGUGAUGCACAACGUGCAAUAAUACCCAGUUUUUGUAAACGUGAAAAUCAUCAACGCAGCAGUUCUAAAGAAUUAGCUUGUUUUUCAAAUAUGAACUUGGGUUGGUAUAGUAGUGAUUCUAGUAAUUUACAUGAUGAUGCUACUGUGAUGCCUUCUUACCAAAGACUUAUCAGUUUAAAUUCUGAACCAAGCACCGAUUUAACUGAGCUUAAAUCCACUGAGCAAUUGAAAUUAGAUAAUGACUCUCAACCUUUGCAUGAUAAAAUGUCUGCUAAAGCAGCAAAAGACAUGGAUGAACAUGCAUUGAAGCUUGCACCAGAAUAUCGACAUAACAUUCCAGCCGCCACACCAGCUGGAGUUAAUAUGGCAUACAUGUGUACACAAAUCAAAGCUACUGAUGAUUUGGAACAAAGUGAAACAUUUUCGGUUUCUUCUCCAACUCCAAUUUGAUAUUAAGUGUUUUAUGAAUCAUUUUUCCGUCCAAAAUUAUUUAGUUUUAUUAUGAUUAUUAUUAUUUCUAUUAUACUACUUUGGGGUUCCCAAUAUUUGCGAUUAACGUUAAAUUAAGUUAUGCUCAACAAACAUUUGUAAAUAUAGCGUUAUAAAUUAAAUGGCUUACCAAACAUUUUACUAGAAAAACAACAAAAGUAAUAAUUUUAAGCGAUUAAUUAGUAAUGCAGCAUUACAUAGUUGCAAUAAUGUUGAAACUUAUAUUCCAAAAGUUAAGCGAUAUAAUUUUGCUUUACCAUAAUAUAAUGACUAUGAUAAUGUCAAUAGACAACCAAAAUUUCAAAAUUAUAUUAAAAAGACAAGCCGAUAAAAUAGUUUUCUAGAAUCUCGAAAUAGCAAAAUUAGAUACUCACUAAGAUAAUAUAUGAUUUAGCAUCAAUUUCGGAAUCAUCUACAAAUAAAUUAUGUAAAUAAUUAACAAAUUAUAAAAAAAAUGUAUAUGAUGUAAUUGACAAAAUGCAUUUUUGAUUAUAUUGUAUAUUUUUGUAAACCGGAUACAAAAAAAAUAAAGAAACCAUUCACUAGCUUCUUCACUCCGCUGAGAAUCUAAAAAAAUAUAGGA